AUGGAUCCUCCCAAUCGGUGGAUCGAUCACCCCUUGGCAGGGCAUGUUCAUGUCCAAAGCCCCUGGACUGAAGCAGAGUACAAAGCUCUCAGAAUCGACACGAACUUCGAUCACCUUCGAAUUCUGACCGUCGGCGAUUACCGCAGAAUUGACGAUUGCUCUCAAAUUCAUGGCAUAACUGCCCAUCGCCGCGGCAAUAACGCAAAAAUUCCGAUCACCGGAAUCCCACGACUUCCGGAUAUUGUUCAUUUUCGGAGCCAUGCUCAGACGGUCCUGGCGCACUACAUUGCGCAACCCGACGCCCCUCCGGCUGUAAUACCCGGACCAAAUGUCAUUGGCGAUAACGUGACGAUCCUCAAGCCUCCAUACAGCAAAACCCUGCCCAUGCUGUAUAGGAUCAUUCAAAUGAGAGGCAAUCGCACGGUAUUGCUCGAAUCAAUGAUCUUUGAGUUGUUCUACAAACGAGAAGAGUUGAGAUUUAUCACAUUGGACAAGGAUUCUUGGAAUCGAACCGGAGGAGUGAGGGGUGUCGUGCUUCCGAAAUGCAGCAUCGGAGAUUUGGUAUGGGUAUACAACCUGACCUGCCAACAUGUUGGCCAUGUGCCGAGAGACAUGCAAAAAAGCCUGGAAGAUGCCGGCAAACGAGGUGUUUGCGUCGAAGAAUUGGCCCCAGUUUUCCGAGCCCUGGAAUUCGAUCUCAUCACACCUAGCUGUAGACCGCCCGUCUGGUGCUAUGUCGUCAAAACUUGGAAGUCAACGGCCCAAAUUGCGAUAAGCGGUGAAGCUAAGCACUGUGAAAUCACAUGUGCGAAUAACCAAGGGCAUAGAAUUGACACGGAGGGCGAGAUCCUAGAGUGCCGACCGAGAAUGGAUACACCAGCCUCCUUCUAUCUGGCUACUACUCCAAUCAAAGGAAACGACCCAUAUAUUAUCAGGAUCAUCAGAGAGACAGAACCGACUCUACCAAACAACCAGGCACCCCGUCCCACUUGGAUCGGUCCCGCCCCUGACGGCAUAAAAGCUCAAGUCUCGGACCAAUUAAAUAGGUUCACCGCGUAUCGCGACAAUCAUCGCAUCGCAAUGGAAAUCAUGAGGCAGCGUCUGUUAUUGGCAACAUCUUACCACGAGGUUUGUGAGACCAACAAGCAGGAUCGUCAACGACGAAACGCUAUUUUCGUGAUAAAGAGAGACCGAGAAAAUCAGAGGAUCGUGAGGUUUCAGUUCGAGAUCAAUGGAAAGGUGAGCGCUGAAGGAUGGCAUCCUGGAAGCAAAAUUGUGAUGAGCUUGUCGGUUCCAAAAAUGUUCAUCUUUGGAAAUGUGACUUCCUGUGACCGCAGCGACGAUGAUGAGCCGCAAACAGCCAAAUUUGAAGCCCUUCCCCUUGAGUGUGAGCUCGAUCGCCUAGCCCGAUUCGAUGAUGGGAGUGAGCACCACGGAACAGCUUAUUUGAUGCCAUCUGCGCGCCCUAAGUCCUGGAUCAUAUCUACACUUGAGCGCGGCUUUGAUCAUUUGAGACCCACCGAUUUCGCCUAUCAAGCAUUCGAUGCUAUGUACUCAGCACAACGUGGAGCCGCAUUUUACGACCAGAUCCCGGUCACGCAGUUUGAAGAACCCGCAGGAGAAAUCCCGAGGACUUUUCGGAGAAAGGGACAUGAAAUCCAGAUGACGAAUGAGCAGAGGCAGGCCAUUGAUCUAUUAUCCGGAGACUACCAAACUGGAGCUGUAUUCUCCCCCUUUGGAGCCGGGAAGACGGCGAUAAUCGGCGUGGCCGCACAAUAUCGCGCAUCAUUGUCCGACGGAACCACUCUGUUAAUUGCGAGCACCAACAAUGCUCUGACCGAGGCAAUCGAUGCCUUCCUCGAGACAUCGAUCUCCGAGGCAAAAAGGGAAUAUUUUGUCCACCACCAUCUGGCAGAUGGAGUUUUCAAUGCCAGGGAGUCCAUGGGCACUAUGACUAACCUUGCUGAACAGACAUGCGUGGACCCGGAGACAGAUAUGUGCGAUGCUCUUUUCCUUCGAGAAUUUGUCGAAAAUCGGCAUCUAUUAAAGCUAUAUUUGCAAGGCCAGCUCGACCUCCCUGAGAGUGUCGAAGAAGCGGAGAGGGUGAUGAUCGAUAUUGAGUACCCCAGCAAGCACAUCAAGCGGGUAUAUGAAUUAUUAUGCCACUACCGUCCAGCCAGCGUUCUUGGCUUAACAUUUGGGAGCCUAAACGGAUUGUUAAAAGGACUUUUCAAGGAGCAUCUCGACUCGAUCAGCAGCAUAAUAGUGGAAGAGGCAUCAGAUGUGUCAGAGGCAGGGCUUGUAGCCCUGCAUUGUCUUUUCCCUAAUGCUAAUAUCUAUUUGGUUGGAGAUAUCCGUCAGAGCCAACCUUACACAAUGAUAAGGUCAGAAGAUCCCAUCCAUCCCUGGGCCAUGCGACCAGCGUUGACCGUCGCUUUGAACUCGGAUCUGGUGCCAAACGUUGUGCUCACGACCACUUAUAGAUCACAUCCGGCAAUUACGGACGUUGUCAGAACGAUGUUCUAUCGCAACUCCUUCACGACACCGAUUCGUGAGGCGGAUCGCAUCCUUUUCACCCGAAGGACGGGAUUACCAAUCGUAUUUGUGCUCUAUCCUGGCACUGAUCACCGGACGCAUAGUGGAAGCAGAAGAAGCCUAGAUGAAGCUAAGCUGGCCAUGCGUCUUGUGAUACCACUCCUUACGCAUUUCCCUGCCGAUCAGUUGCUUCUGAUCAGCUACUACAAGUCACAACGCACACUUAUUGAAAGGAUGAUCAAGGAGAACCAAGCGAUCCCGAAUAAGCCAAGAUUCGCAACGAUUGGAAGGGAUCCGGGAAGUCAGGCGGAAGUAGCGAUUGUAUUGACGACUUACUCGGGAAAACGUAACGGAAGUGCGUAUUUCAAUUCCCGGCAUAGGGCAUGCUUCGCGUUGACAAGAGCUCGUCAAGGGAUUGUGAGGUUGGGUGAUGGACAUCGAUGCUUUGAUCGGGAUGCUGUAGUG